ACAGCCCUCCCGCAUCUCCAUCCCAUCCCUCCCCAGGAAAGGGGCGAAGGCACGAGGCAGGCGAGGGGCGGGGAGAGGCGCUGACAAAUCAGCUGCGGGGGCGACGUGGAGGAGCCCGGGAGCCAGAGCGCCCAGCAGCAGACGGCAGGAGACCAGCAAGUGCUGCCCCUGCCCCUCGGUCCAGAGCCUUCCUUUCACUGCUAUUGAAUUUAAAAUCAGGGGUUUGUUCGAAAGAGGAGGAAUCGGAAUUGUGAGGAAGCCAAGGGUGCCGUGUGGAGGAAGAUACGUCUUUAAACCAUGGAUGUGUUCAUGAAAGGACUUUCCAAGGCCAAGGAAGGAGUUGUGGCUGCGGCUGAAAAAACCAAGCAGGGUGUGGCAGAAGCAGCAGGAAAGACAAAAGAGGGAGUCCUCUAUGUAGGUUCCAAAACUAAGGAGGGAGUGGUUCAUGGAGUCACCACAGUGGCUGAGAAGACCAAAGAGCAAGUGACAAAUGUUGGAGGGGCAGUGGUAACUGGUGUGACAGCCGUCGCCCAGAAGACAGUGGAGGGAGCUGGGAACAUUGCUGCUGCCACUGGUUUCGUCAAGAAGGACCAGCUGGGCAAGGGUGAAGAAGGGUACCCACAAGAAGGAAUUCUGGAAGACAUGCCUGUGGAUCCUGGGAGUGAGGCUUAUGAAAUGCCUUCAGAGGAAGGAUACCAAGACUAUGAGCCUGAAGCCUAAGAAUGUCUUUGCUCCCAGUGUCCUGAGAUCUGCCGGCCACUGUUCCAUGGCGUACAAGUGCUCAGUUCCAACGUGCCCAUUCAUGACCUUUUCUCAAAGCUGUACAGUGUGUUUCAAAGUCUUCCAUCCGCAGUGAUUGACGUCCUGUACCUGCCCCUCAGCAUCCCGGUGCUUCCCUCUCACUACAGUGAAUACAUGGUAGCAGGGUCCUGUGUGCUGUGGAUAUUGUGGCUUCAAACCUAAAACGUUAGAAGAAAUUUAAAACACCUAAGUGACUACCACUUAUUUCUAAAUCUUCACUAUUUUUUGUUGCUGUUCUUGAGGAGUUGUGAUUUGCUAUCUUACAAGAGUUUUAGGUGUCCUUAAUGAUUCUUUCUGUCUAAGAAUGAUGUAUUGUGAAAUUUGUUAAUAUAUAUUUUAAAAUAUGUGAGCAUGAAACUAUGCACCUAUAAAUAUCAGUUAUGAAUUUUACAGUUUUGUGAUGUGUUUUAUUAACUUGUGUUUGUAUAUAAAUGGUGAAAAUUAAAAUAAAAUAUCAUCUCAUUGCAA